UGUAAAGAAUGUCUGCAGGAGUGCUGGGAGAGCAAAGAAACCAAAGAAUGUCCAGUCUGCAGGAGGAGAUCAUCAAAGGAGGGGACACCCCCAAAUCUGGCAUUAAAGAACCUGUGUGAGACCUUCUUACUAGAGAGGAGUCAGACACACGUGUCUUGCAGUCUACACAAAAGAAAACUUGAGUUCUUCUGUCAAGAGGAUCAGCAGCUUGUGUGUCUUAUGUGUCAAGACGAAUUACACAAACAUCACAAGUUCAGUCCCAUUGACAAAGCAGCAGUUGAUGUGAAGGAAGAACUCACAGUCAAACUGCAGGACAAGCUGAAGGCUUUUAAGAAGGCUAAAGACACCUGUCAUGAAUCAGCUCAGUAUAUUAAGACUCAGGCCAAAUACACAGAGACACAGAUCAAGAAGCAGUUUUUGGAGCUUCACCAGUUUCUACAAGAUGAAGAGGCAGCCAGGAUAGCUGCACUGAGGGAGGAAGAGGAGCAGAAGAGUCAGAUGAUGAAGGAGAAGAUUGAGAAGAUGAGCAGAGAGAUCUCAUCUCUUUCAGACUCAAUCAGAGGCAUGGAAAAGGAGAUGGGAGCUGAUGACAUCACAUUCCUGCAGAACUACAAGAGCACAGUGGAAAGAGCCCAGUGCACACUGCAGGAUCCAGAGAGGGUUUCAGGAGCUCUGAUCAAUGUGGCAAAGCACCUGGGCAACCUGAAGUUCAGAGUCUGGGAGAAGAUGCAGGAGACUGUUCAGUACACUCCUGUGACUCUGGAUCCUAACACUGCACACCCACGACUCAUCCUGUCUGAGAAUCUGACCAGUAUGACACGCGGUGAUGAGAGGCAGCAGCUUCCUGAUAACCCAGAGAGAUUUGAUAAGUAUCUCAGUGUUCUGGGCUCUGAGGGCUUUAACUCAGGGACUCACUGCUGGGACGUGGAGGUUGGGGACAGUACCUGGUGGUGGGUGGGUUUGAUGACAGAGUCCCUCCAGAGGAAGGGACAAUAUGGCAAUGUGAGUGGAAAGUGGACUCUGUUUAAUAAUAAUGGUAAAUAUAUAACAUGGUCUCUACCACAGCCCUCCACUCUCCUCACAGUGGAGAAGAAACCCCAGAGGAUCAGAGUGCAGCUGGACUGGGACAGAGGAGAGCUGUCAUUCUCUGACCCUGAUAAUAACACUCACAUACACACUCUCACACACACUUUCACUGAGAGAGUGUUUCCAUACUUUAAUACUGGUGAAUUUCCUCUGAGUAUUGUAGCAGUGAAGGCCUCUAUGUCAGUAGAGCAGCCCAGUUAGAGCAGAAACUGUCUCUGUCUGAACAAGAGCCCACAUGCAGCAUCUGAAACCCCUAUGUUGGAAUGUUUUGACUUAGGAAAGAUAACCCCUGUGUCACUGAACUAGGGGUGACCCUCAGGAUGAGGGGUGGUAAACAUUUCUUAUCUCUGUAAAACAAACAUGGUUAGGUGAUCACUGGUGGGUGACAACUUGUGAUUUCCGUGG